AUGGAUGCCUUACUCGCUAGACUGGGAGCCCAGGCAAUGAACAUGGCCAUCAGGUCGGGCAUUGCCUUGACUUCGACCUAUGCUUUCUCUCAGUGUUCACGCCUUAUGAAAACUGUCGAUGACAGGGCUGUUCGGUCAGAGAUCAAGAAGCUUCAGAAGAGGUUGGACAGCAAGAUCAAGCUCCUCAGAUCGGGCAGAGGCAAUGCCUUCCUGGAAUCGGCUUUGCCUCUGGCCAAGAGUCUAAGGCGGAGUAUCGCUGCUCUUGGACGCCGCGUUGAGCAGGCAGCACAGACAGGCGAAGCAACUAGCCAAGCCCUACCACAGAGUCUGGGUUCUGAACAGCACCUUGAGGAACUGAGGGCAAUCAUCGAUGAUAUGAAGGACCUCUUGCAUCAGCUGGACAACGAUAUCCCCCUUUUGCACAUGGCCAUAUCUGCAUCAGGGGAGAGCCUCAGUUCUGCCAUGUCCCCGGGUGUGUCGCCGUCACGUUUCUUGCAAGCAGGUACUUUUCUCACCUAUGGGGAUAGUCAGUUCGCCGUUGAUCCUUCUCGCCCUGUGCAGAUAGGACCUGUCUUCACACUGUCCAUCUACAUGUUGUUCCUCGGUCACGCCUCGACAACACCCAAAACACAACCGGCGCACCAAGAAGGACAUUCGCAAAAACGGCAAAACAAGUCAUCCGAAUAUACAUCGGCGCCGUAUGGUCUUGGGGAGGGAGAGCGUAAACCCUUGUGGCAGGAGGUCAUUCACAAAGCCAGGGUUCGGCUGUGUCGGACACCGACGGGACACGUUUUUGAUCCCAACAAAGGCUUCCAACCGUCAGGGGCCCAACACAGCAGAUUCACCGAGUCUCGGUUCCGCAGGUCGAAUGCUUACGGCUCGGAUCAGCGCAACGAGUAUGCCUACCACCUUGAGAUCAUUGAGAAUUUGGACGAUGGCCGUGCUCACGACGACCUCGAUGCUGAGGCCGCCCCGUACGACGACAUCAGACACGCGGGCAUUCGCGAGUCUAUCCCUAUCCAUCAAGUUUCCAAGAUGUUCUAUGCCGAUACUGGCCGCAUCCUCAAUAUUGGCGUUGAGGGAACAGACAACAAUCCCGUUCUGUUGUUAAAACGAGACCUCCAUGCAAAGCCACCCUUGGAUAUGCAAGAAGAAGUGAUGGCAUUCGACGACGAAGUCGACUCCAUCAUAGUUUCCGGAUCCGAGGAUGAAGAGGCUGUGGAUGAGCAGGAAGACAUCGAUCGUCAGCUUCGAGAAGAGAGUGCGGCGCUGGAAAUGCUGGAGCAAAUGCCCAAGCUGUCUACCAAACCCUCUUGUAGGCGCUUCCCCAGCCACCUGGAUCCGGAAUGGCUUGCUGUGGAAGUAUAUGAAGAUAAUGACGAUUCGGAGAGCAGUGAGACCGAAGACGAGGAUCUUGGGGAGGAACUGCACAGGUUGGCCACAAGCUCGGGCCCAAUGUCAGCAGCUGCGUCUCCGAAAACAUUUUCCCGUCGUUCGAGGGCAUCGUUAGACACAAGACUCAUGGCGCAGAUUCAGAGUCUGUCACUGCAGUCGUCCCCAUCCGUCAAAGCUACGGGAUCAGCCGCGUCGGUCUCAUCGUUCUCUCGGGAAGUAGCGAAACAUGCGAUGGAGAAUACGGAGUCAUUUGUCGCAAGAUCGCCGUUUGGCGCGGUUGUCACCUCUCUUUCCCUCAUGGAAAUGUUGAUUAGAUUGGCGAGUCUACAAGAGUUCCAACAGGCACCGCACCUAACCAUGCACGAUCAUAUCCUGAAUUUCUUCUUGGAAGAAUCAUCAACGACGGGACUGACGGGAGAAGAGCGGUUGAGGGCGAGGACGGAAGCGAAGGAGCGUGUUGGUUUCGAUCCAUACACUGAUACCCCAUCUAGAUGA